UUAGUUAAUUCUCUUCCUUGCUGUUAGGGGUUACUUCCUCCAAGAACCCAGGUUGUUUCUUCUCCUCAAAAACAAAAGCUUUAAAAAUGCACUAGCACGGGCUGCACCGUUAAAGCAAGUUCUUAAGAGCACCAUUUUUGCUGGUCCAGACACUUUUACAGCUUCAAUGUUUGAGUCUGUCAUUCAAAAUGUGACGCUUUUUAAACUUUACCUUGUUAACGACAACUUAUAUAUGCUAAUUAACCUAUAGACCUCUUAAGCUUACAAGAAAAGUACGUUUUGUUUUCCCAAUGAAGGUCUCAGAGGAAAUUUCCCUUUUGUCUUUUCAUAAAUUAUUCAUAUACAUAUAUGAAUCUGAAAUAUGACAAAUCUGAAAGAAACAGUUCUCAUCAUCAAGUGAGCUACAUUGGCAAAACAAAUCAUAGAAAUUAGAGAGGUCUAUUGCCAUUAACACUGGAUGUACUUCUAGAUAACCAACUUAUUUUUGUUCUCUGCCAAUUGAUUUAUUUUUUGUAAAAAAAAAAUAUUAGUAGUUUGUAACAUGGGGUAGAAAAGUGUGCUUUUCACUUUAAGCUGGAAGUGGAUAAGGGGACUGAAAAAAUUGUCUUGUCCUUCUUGGUUGCACAGGCCCCCAUAAAAUCACAGGGCAACCACCAGAUUAGGAAGCGUCAUCCUCCAUCAAGGGCCAUCCCCGCACGGGUUCUUUUGGCUCGCCAUGAGUAAUCCUUAUGCCAGACGAACCCCUUAGAAUGUCUGUGUGGGAGGCCACUUCACUAACUGCAAUAAAACGUCUACAUUUUUUUUUAAGACAACCUACCUGACCAGCCAGCUUUCUAUUCUCAUUUUGUAAAUGAUGAGUUACAGCUGCUGCCAAAUUUCCACCUGCACUGCUUCCUGCUAACACUAUACGGUUCGUGUCAAUACCAUACUCAUCUCCAGUUUCAAGAAGACUUUUCACCACUUCAACACAGUCAUCAAAACCAGCUGGAAAGGGGUUUUCAGGUGCCAACCUGUACCUGUGUAUAUAUGUAAAGUUACAGUAAAAUGGGCGACAAAAAUGUGUAACUUGUUUUUCACCAAUGUUCCAAAACAAGUUGAAUAGCAGUGUUGCAUGUUUUACCAUCCCCGAAUCAACCUAUCUUUCAACAAAUCAGCUUGUUGCAGGGCUGCAAAUAAUUUCCCGGCUGGCGCCGGUCAAAUUGUCCGGUCAAACCUACUUUUGCUCGGACAUAUCCCAUUUUUGGCCGGACAAACAUCGAUUACGUCUUAUCGCUAUAAAAGUACCCCCUCACCCCUUCACAUGAUGUUUAAAUAUGAAACAAGUAAAUUUUCAAAGCAUUUAUUGUACAUGAGCAUCGAUCUCAAUGCAGGAAAAGUGGAACGCAUGGUACAGCAAAAUCAGUAUCACAUUUGUGCCUACUACUAUUGCUUGAGUUCUACGUCUUAUAUACGGUUAGUUAUGAAGUUGAUGAAAUUGACUGAGGCUUGCAAUCUAGUUGAUUUUAAAUGUUGCCAGAAACAGGGAAGCUCUUUCCCUAAGAUGCGUGAUUUAACUUUUAAAAUACAAUAAUGGAAGAGUUUUUUUAGACAUCCGUAGCCUGUUCACAGACCCUCUGUUUUCUCUUAAAAGUCCGUUGAGCGCGGGUGAUAAAAUAUAAACCGCAGGGGAUUUAUUGACCGCCAGCGCAAGGGGGUGGUGGUGGGGGAAGAUAAAUAUACAUAUUCUUUAUUUUUCUUUCUCGCGCUUCGCGCUCGCUUCGCUCACCAACGUUUUUGGAAAGAAUGAAAAGAAAAAUAAAACGUCUGUUUACAGGCUAAGACAUCCGAGGACAUCAUCUUACGAAAAUGCGGUUUGGACAUAUAACAAGGGAACACCCAGAUGCACUGGAAAGGGUUUUCGAAGACGUUGAUGACUAUGUUCAUUAACUGAAGUCGUUACAUACCACAUUGGCAACAUUUAUAAAGGAUUAUCGCAAAUACAAUUUCUUUCUAAUCCAUUGUGUUUCGACCUUCCUUACCAGAGUAGACGACCGGACAAAUUGUCCGGCCAUGUAAGGAUUUGACCGGACAAAACCUAUUUUUGACCGGACAUUGUCCGUUGACCGGCCGUUAUUUGCAGCCCUGUUGUUGCAAGUUGCAAAAGAAGGCAGUUGUUGCAGAAAGUAGAGAGAAUUAGUUCUACUUUUUACAACAAAAUUGGUACAUGUUGCACAUUUUACCACCCUAGAAGACAAACUUUUUGCAACGAGUAAUUAACUCAUGUAUGCCUUGACUCCCACAAAACUGGAUCCAAUCAGAAGUCAGUAUUCACAUAACUUAAUGUAACAAGCCGAUUUAAAGUUGCAAAACAGCUUUGAGCGUGCAUGAUAAAAAGUGCAACAUUGUCUGUUAACCCUUUAAGCCCCAGUAUCCACAUACAAAUUCUCCAAACUGAUCUCCAUACAUUUCCUUUAAGAAUUAGCAGGGGCACCCAACGAGGAUAUAGUUCAAAACCACUUAACAAAGCAAUGUUGAACGUAUUUUAGUAUUCAAACGGUAGAUAUAGGCAUAUUUUUAUCCCCUAAAAACUUUUCAUCUGUUCGGAUUUCCUAGCUGAAAGUCUAGUGAUCCGAAAAUUAUAGGGAUGAAAACUUACCUUCUCGAAGAUUUUAGCCAGGAAAAGGCUCUCGAAAAUUCUAGGUGGCCUUUUUUAGGGUCAAAAUCCGUUAAAAAUGGGUAAUAAUAUCAUUUUGUAGAUGUUCGAAAAUCCUAGGAGAGGCAGGCAAGCAAGAAAUUUUACAACAAAUGCUCCGAAAAUUCUAGAUCUCAAAUUGUCUUCCGAACAGAUAUUUUCCCGAAAAUUGCCGUUGGGUGCCCCUGAAUUAGUUGAGAGAAUUUGAUAAAACAUUAAGGCAUUUUCUCUUUCAUGAUAAUUUUUUACAUUCUCACAACCUUAUCUCUUGACAAUGUAUCAUGGACAUUGUUAGGAGAAAAUUGCUGUUGGUCACUAUUGGGACUUGAAGGGUUAACUUGUUUUGCAGCAGUGCUCGUGUAAGUUACAAAACAAGUUACAUGUUUUUGUUGCCCAUUUUACCAUUGGCUUGUGGAUAACAUUUUACACAUGCAGAACUUCUUGAUUAAAUUAUCCCGCUAUCAAUAGAAAUCAUAAUUAUUGCAUGUUUAAACAAUGCAGCAAUGUAUGUGCAAGUUCAAGUACCAGUAAAUGUACUAGAAUAUCUUACCCAACAGAUACAACUACCACUCCAGCAUUUGCAGCCAUAUAUUGAGUGAGGGAAUGGUAAAAAUCUAAAAGGAACAGACUCAUGAUAAGUAAGAAAUUAGUGAACCUUUUAAGCCCUGAGAGUGAUCAGCAUCAAAUUCCUCCUUCUAAUAUCAAUGCUUUGUAAAACAGCGUGGUCAUGAGAAUUAUGGACAUGAUCACGUAAGAUAAAUUUGCUAAAUAUUUUAUCAACUUCUCCCCACUACUUCUGUAGGAAAUGAAUGGGGGCAGCAAAUGAGAAUUCAUAUUUUGAUCUUAGCGUCUAAAGGGUUAAAAUAAAAGUACUGAGAGUCAGAGGCAUCCACAUGUCUUUUUUUUUGUAAAAUACUGUUCAAAAUUAGGGCAACUAGGAAUUUCUAAAGCUCAAGAAAGGCCAAGAUGUUUGCAGUUUUUCUACUAACUUACAUACGGUUUUUAAUUUGGAGGUUGUGUUUUUCAUACUUCAUUACCAGAAUAUUGCAUAAUUAAUGAAAUAUUUUAUUGUUAAAAAGAGUCUCCUUAAAAUAUUUUGCUAUAAAGACAAAAUUAACAUCUCCUAGAAUCUUCUUGUGAAUGGACAGCUACUCCAAUAUGUCCUCAAACUUUUGACCACACCAAUCUGGGGUUCUGACAGUUUCAGAUGAGACGAAAAGAGCCACCUAAAAAUUUUGAGAUGACUACAGGUUCCCCUAUUCAAGACAUCUGAACAAAAAAAAAAAUGUUUCUGGGACUAUUCUAUUCUUCCGACUAUAUGGAAAAUUUGGUCGUUAGGUACUGCCCCUGAAGAGUGACACAAGAUUGUAUCAGCUAGCUGAUCGAGUCAAGGCGUGAUGUUUCUGUGGUUGCCAUGAAUUGCUGGGCCACAGAUAGGGUUUUGAUCCUGGGAGGAACUCCCUCAUAAGAGGAAUGGGAAUGCUUACACUUUUUUUUUAAUCCAUGUGGCUUUGCUUUUAUUUUACCCUUACCUUUAUUUUACUUUUUUUUAUUUUAGGAUGGUUAUCAUUACAUUGGAUGUUUCUUUAUGCACAACCUUUGUGUAAUAUGGUUUAUUUUUAAUAAAUUAAAGCAUUUAUUUGCCUUUCCAUUAUUUAUUUGGUUAUGGCUUUGGCUUUGGCAUUAACUCACCAAUACUAAGGAACAUCCAACCUCCACCAUGAAAGAACACCACACAUGUCUGUUUUUUACCAUCAACUAUAUUUUGUUUGGAUCUAUAUAGACGAACCGGAACAUCGGCAAUCUUCAAGUCCUUGAUUUGAAGUGAGGGAUCUUCUGGUACAUUCUGAAGGUGACUUAAGAAACUUUGGAUCUGACGAAUAUUGUUUAUAACACUUCCAAUGCCAAGCAACGAUGCAAGGUACGCCUUAAAAAUAGAUUGAAGAUUAUCAUUUUUCUCCUAUAAUUCUAGGGCUCAAAUAAUCAGAUAUAAUUCCCUAGACAUACCUUCAUUUUGAUAACUUCCUUCCUUUUGGUAGGUGUGAAUGAUAAGUGAUUAAAUUUGUUUUCCAAACAAAUUUAAAAACAACAUCUCUGCAACAGCACUAGACUGCAAAACAGUCCGUAUUUUUGUGUAUUCAAUUGUGCACGGGCAGUCAAACAAAAGGUCUGGAACGAGGCUGAAAACAGAGAGCGCGAGACUGGGAGAGACACUUUUCUCUCGCCUCACACGCCCCUAUGGGUGUGUGAGGCUUGCUUGCGCCAGCGAGCGUAAGACUCUUACGCUACACUUUACCGAUUUCUUUACUGAUUUUGAGAAAAAAACUGACUGUUUUGCAGUCUACAACAGCACCACAAUCCAAGGGAGGGGGUACUCCAAAGUAUGUGUGGACCAAAAGGUUCUGAAAUUGGGCAUAGCUAAUUAUAACAAUAAAAAUACAAAUAGCUAAGAUAAGUUUUAUGGUCUCUGGAACCAGGUCCGUAAAAUUAGGUACGUGUUUUAGGAUUUGCCUCCUGAGAACAGCGGUUCAGGCCUGAAAUAGGGAAGGGAAAAUAACAUAGUAUUUUCUGACUCUGAGGUAUAAGUUUAAAUGUCAAGGAUGCAGAACGCGCAUUGCAAAGUUGCAAACCCAGCACCAGCAUGUCCAAAAUAAGGCAUCAUUGGUAUGCAAGUUGGUCAGUAUAUUAAUAAAAUAGUUGUAAAAUCGCAAGCGAGAUAGCAACUUCAGAGAAAAAAGUUAGGUUAUAUAUAUUUUAUUAUUACUUUUGCUGCUUUUGAAAUGAACGAAGACAUAACAACUUACCACCAUUCCCGUGAGCUUUGUGAUCACCCCCACUGUUCGAAGUUUAUGGUGCUGAUCGACAGGCAGUCCUUCUGGAACAAGUUGAUUGAAAUACAUACGCAAGAUUGCAGUGACAAGGACGGCAAGAAAAGCAGUGAAAACAACGAAAAAGGUAACCAUUUCGGCAUCGCAGUUCUCUAAAAAAAGCCAACACCGCAAUGGUCUGGGUCAAGUGUACAAUAACGACCAUAUCAUAUAUGCCACAACAUACUGUCCGUUUACAGGUCUUCAUGUUUACACGGGAUUUGUACAGGUGCUUUAAUAUUUCAAAUGCAAGUUUCUUUUUGUAUGUUCCUCUUUAAGAUGGAGGAAUUUUGGUUUAAAGAGCAGGACUGAAUAUAAAAUUACUAGUAAAUUAAGGGAAAUAAUUUUAUGCGGCUUUGUAAGUAAGCAUCCUAAAUAAUUUGUGUACCAUACAUGAUAGCAAAGUCAAUGAUAGCGUGACCACCCGUUCAGAGUCGAAGAUCUAAAACAUGGCAGAUGAUAUCAAUUGCUGCGUCUUUUUCAGUGUUACUGCCGCCGCUUUCGCCACUAUGAUCGUUGGUUUGUACUGGUAUCAAGAUUUACCAGAAGGACUCCCCGAUGAUCAGCAAUUUAGUGCCCGUUUUAUUGGUGCAUAUUUGGAUUUUUGCCGUUUUCUGGUGGGUUUCAGUUAAAAACUUAUGCAACAUGAUCUAUUACAAACCCCACUUUGUGCCUCGGCUUAAACUUAGUGUUGUGGCAAAACACAUAGAAAAUAGAAAUUUGCACUAUCCUGUGAUUUUUCUCUCUUUUCCCAGGAGUCAAAGAGUUAAACUACAUAUGUCACAGAUGUUCGGAAGGGCGGUUGGCAGUGCAGCUUUCAAAAGCUGAUAAGGAAGCGGGGGGGUAGCCUGGGAGAAUAGGGGAGGGAGGGGUACGGGAGGGGAAAAGAACUGGAGAUGGGAGUUCUAAACGGGAGAAAGAAAGAUAAUGGGGAAAUUAAACAACAGUGCUUGAUAUUUCGCGAUAGAAAAAGGGAGGGAGCCAAGCAAAAGGGACGAGAGCUAGAAUCAAUGUAAGGUUCAAGGGAAGGAAGGUAAAUUUAAUGUCGCCUCUCCUUGAUAACACACGGCGGAAAUGUCCAAAAAUAAAACCAGCAAAGGUACUGAUCGAGAAUUCCAUAAGGAUCUCUCCUGCAAAAAAGGAGGUCUGUGGGACCUGGAAGUAACGUUAAUUCCACGUCCGUGUUAUGCCCCGAUGUCGACAACCUCAGAACCAACGCACUCUUAUUUUCACAUAAGCAGAUGCUAUUGCCUUGCAUUAUCAGAUAGGAAGUACACUUUUAUAGGGCAUUGAACUAAAAAGAAAGACAUUCACUGAACUACGGAAAACAGACCUAUAGAUCGUUUUCACUGUCACGCAACAAAAAAUUAAAUUGGAAACCGUCCAGAGGAAGAAGCCAAGAAAAUGAAAUGUUGUAAAAGACUAAUAUAUAAACAAUUUGUCCAAGUCUCAGGUCUUUGUGGCUCAUAGUUUCUGAGUUACUUGCCGAAACGUUUCACGCACCUUUGUAGUGCUUUGUAUGGAGACGCCAUAUUGGUGCACCGUUUUGGUGCACCAAUAUGGCCGCCGGAAAUCAACAAAAACAUCUGGAGUUCACUUUUUCUAUAAAAGCUCUUUCUUUUCACUCGAGAACUAGCAUACGUACAUAUAAACAUAUCUUCUAAUACUUGAAGUGAUUGUACUGCUGAAAAUCAAGAGAAGAGACUUUUUUUCAACGAGACAGCAUUGCUCUUUUGGUGUCACGCACUGUGAAAACUCGGAAGUUCAAAUUGCUUUAUUUUCGAAACGAAACAUGCUACGGAAACGGAAACCUGCACAAAGAUUUACUUUUUGUUUAUCUUCAACCUAGUGUAAAUAAGAAUUCGUAAAACCUCACUAUUUUGACUUUACAAUUUGAUGACGUCACAUUGAAAACCAUCUAUACACGCUUUUAAUAAGUCUGGGCGCCAUCUUGAAUUUUUAAUUUAUGACGUCAUUCGCGGAAAGACUUCAGCCGCCAUCUUUGAGUUUUGACUCGAGUGACAGUAUCAUGUCAGGACAAGAGGCAAAGUCAGGCCAUUAUGAAUCGCGUUAUUCCAUUCUUUUCCUGUAUAAACAUUAACAAAUACUAGCAAAUCCUUUUCCUAGGCUAAAGUAAUCGCAGUGGUGCGGUUCGUCUUUGUAAGUCAUACGGCGAUAUCAUCAUGUUUGUUCGAUAACAAACGCAACACUGAGAAAUGUGACAUAAGAUUCCAAGCGAUCAGCAUGUAUUAAAAGGUAGCACGGCUGCAGCGAUGAUGACAUCGGAAGUAUUGUAUUGUAUUGUCUUUUAAUAGUGGUCGGUAGCUUUUGAAAACGUCCAGCCUCCCCUCGAUCGGUGUUUAAAUGCCCUGUACACAAGCCAUACCUUAUCCCUAAGAUCCAAAAUAAGAUAAAGUUGAACAGAAAUCUGUUUCGAGGGAAACCAAAUAUGGUAAACACCACAGGAGUGAGGUGUGUUGAGCCAAAUGAUGCUGAGCGACACAACUUACACGAAUCCGACGCUGAAAUUUCUGAACUAGAAUCUGAAAUUUUAGCACUUAAGGUAGAAGUUGAAAAAUUGCUUAAUAUUAAGUGAAAUGUAACCAGCAGCACCACAUUAAUCCUGCCCAACCCAACUGACCCUGAAAAAGGUGGACCCUUUUGAGCUCAGGUUUACCAUUAACUAUGUGACAAUAAAACCUUGGAUCAGAACAUGCCUUCUCAGGUGUGAAGUUUCAUAAUGUAAAAGGGCAUUUGAUUUCUAAUAAACCAUAACUUGAUAUCCCUAUUAUCUAUCACCCUUCUGUUUGGUUAAGCCGCCAACCAUGACAUUUUGCUUGAUAUGACAACCUCACACUCUAAGCCCUGAAUAUGAAUAUAUAUGUAUAUAUUAUAAAUAUAAAUGCUAAACCAAUAUUUUUCUUGUACUCAGCAUAUUUAGUUGCUGCUUAAUACCAAUUUGCCAUUCACUAUUAUUAGAAACAUCAUUCUGUGACACGAGAGUAUUUUGAACUAACCUCGUUUGCAGUGAGAGAUGUUGAGUUUCCAUUUGCAAACAAGUGCAAAUUACAGCUAGUUGACUUGAACCUUUUCCUUUGAAACCAAAACAUAUCUUUGCUCUGACCUUUUGAUUCUCAAUUAAGGAUGGAUUAGGAAUUUUUAAACAACUUAUAAAUUGGUCCUCCUGAAAAAAGGGGCAUUUGCAAUCCCACUGAAGCUGGUGUGUCAGUGUCAAUUGGGAAUUCAGGAAAGGAGCCACCAACAGCUCUAGGUCUUGGCAAACUGGAAUGGUUGUCAUAACACUGAAGUUUGCCUCCAUUAGAGAGAAUGUGGAACCUUGUGUCCAGUUAAUUUAGUUGAAACUUUUGCAGGACAGUUAAUUGUCUUAAGUGAAUGAAAGAACUAAUUUGCCCUCUCUAUAUUUUGGACAGUACGUUGCCUGGCUGCAUACAAGGGACACCUUAAACCCCCCAUUUCUCCCUGUAACAAGGAUUGAUGACAUUAUAUGCCUUGUAUGCAUUAUAUGAAUUGGGGUUCAUACCCUAGGUCCUUGGUUUGUGCUACUGUUUUGAGUUGUGCACACUCCAGUUCUUGGGAAUUCAUUGAAUUCAAACACUUAUAUAAUAAAAAAGAUGUGAUUACAGUAACCAUUUCCCCUGCUGUACAAGAGUAUUUAUCACAACUGUUAACAUUGUGAGGCCUUUCAUUCUUCCUCAGUGAUUUAAAGCAUUCCCCUCUACAUGAAUUUAUUGUCCAUAUAAGCCUACAAUAAUCUUCGUGACAGUAAUUUUCAAAUAAAAAUUUGUAUCCCUUUUCGAUGGUGCUUUUUGAUUUUUUUCGUUGCUUUUUCAACAAUGUAAAUGUAAGCAAAGUGCUUUGGAAGAAUUGAUGCAUCCCUGCUCCAGCUCUCUUUAGUGGCUACAUCUCCAACCAGGAUUCGAGCUAAUAGCUUUCUGGAUUUCUGAGCUACGCCUCCCCAGAGUAAAAAAUUAUUCGGUGGAAGGGUCGACUGGAGUAUAAACGUUUUUAUCCAACUUCUUUUUUUCCUUAAAACCUACACAUAAUAACAUAAAAAACUGAUGAUGAAAAGCAUAAACUUUUAUCAAAAUAGAAUUAUCGUACAUUUUGAAAGGAUCAGAAUAGCAACAUGAAAAAUCCUUUCAAUUAGCUUUUAUAAAUACCUGAUAGAUAAUCUAAGUCUCCUACGAGCGGUAAUAAUUAAUCGUUUUCAGCGUUUUUAAGAAAGGCCUGCAUAAAAAAUGAAAAAGUAUCAAAACCAUUGCUAAAAAAGAUUACCUGGGAAGAAGUUAAGCUCGUGUCUGUUGUAGUGAGCCAAGACGAUUAAGCCAAAACUUUAAUUGGCAUUUUUUUUUUUUUGGCAUUUAGGGAAAGUUCAUUUAAUAUGACAAGGUGGGGGAUGAAGAUAUUGAGGGGGCUCCGAAAAUUUUUAGACACCCGAAGGGGGGGGCUCUUAAAAAUUGUUGCGCUAGGAGGGGGGGCUCGAAAAUUUGUAUACUUCAAAACCAACACAUGACAUCAUCAUACAGAUCAGAUGGUUUUCAACUCAACAAUUUAAUGACCUGUGCAACUCAGCUAUAUCACGUGGUUUACAGAUAUAACGAAUGUAGUCUCAGUAAUUAUUACACUCUUGUUCAUCCCAAAAAUGCUUUAGAAAAUUGUAUCACAACUGUAUCUCAAGUUUGUCAUAGUAUAAACCAUUGAAGGCAAUAACGGUAAAUAUGUUUAAUACAGUCUAGCGAUCUUUUUCAGGGGAGCAAAGGAAUUGAAGGAGGAGGGGGGCUCUGAAAUUUUUUCGACUACCAAGGAGGGGCUCUAAAAAAUUGAACCGCUAGCGAGGGGGCUGCUAAAAUUUCAAGCUUCGAGUUUCAAUAUCUUCAUCCCCCCCUUUGUCAUAUUAAAUGAACUUUCCCUUAAAUCAGCUCUCGUUUGUCCUCGAUGUCAUCGAUCCAGGAAUAUCUUUGCACGAAAGCUUUAAAGUUACGAUAACAUACCCAUAAAGACAUUGUAGAAAGAAAAUAUUCCUCUUGAUAUAAAGUAAAAACAUUCCUUUUUAUAUGAACACACUGCAAAAUCAACGUCAACAGAGAUUUCAUCUUUGGUAGCCAUUUUGGCCACGUGCACGAUCUUUCCGCGAAUGACGUCAUUCAAGAUGGCGCCCAGACUUAUUAAGCAAAGUACCAAGCUUUUUGAAAAAAAUCCACUUUUCAGCAUAAAACAACCAAAUCUGUCUAUUUCAUGUAAAAUCAGGUGAAAAAGUUGGUAAAAGGCCAUUUUUAGGUUUUUUGAUUAAAAGCGUGUAUAAGUAAACACAAGAUUAAUGGUUUAUCGCAGACUUAUGGUCUGGAAUGGCAUGCACCUCGUCAGUUGAUAGGCGCGAACUCAAAGGUGUAUUAACAUGUUUUUUUUAAUACACUUCACUACCAAGUUAAGGAAAAGACCAAAUCGUCAGUAAAUAAGGAGCUUAAGGAACAACGAGGACGACAGGAACGAGAACGGCAAAAAGAAAUAAGUUUGGAUCAGCACUGAAAACAACAACUUUGGUGGUGCGUCAUGUUGUAUUCUACAUUUCUCUGCAGUCGUUGCACGACCAUGACGUGAAACUUCCAGUGGAAGACGUGCACACUAGCAAUGUUUUUCUUAUUCUUUUUUACAUUCAGAUAAAGUCCUUUGGAAUUGAACACCAGAAAAAUUCACCAACAUUUGACAAGUUGAACGACAUGGCCGAUAAGAGGGAUGAAUUUGGGAACACCAUGGAUUCAAUUUUUAGAGACGUUUUCGCCCCGUUCGUCGUCGUCGUUGUUUAAGCUCCCUAAUGUUUUCGUUGUGAACAUUCCUCUGAAAAAAGCUUUUGAAGUAACGCGUGUUGAACAAAGCGUCACUUGAAACCGUUGUCACGUACCUGCAGAAAUAGGAGAGAGUCACAACUCACCAGUUACGUAGGUGCACGAGUCGGUCACUAGAGGUUACGCCACCAAGUGCUUAACAAAACAGUAGAUGAAUGACCCAAAAUGUCUGUAGCCCCUAUAAACACUAGGUGAUGUGUUUUCAGAGGUCAAAGAAAAUACAGAUUUCAGAGCUUUUUGGCUCCAAGAGAAGAACAAGGGUUCACAGUAAUUUUCAAGGAGUUAUAAUAACUCCUCUAGUGGGGUUAAUUUAACUCCUUACAGUGGAGUUAUUUUUUUCGGAGUUAUUUUACCUCCAAAAAGGAGUUUAAAGAACUCGUUUUCAGGAGUAAAAAUCACCCCAGAUUUGGAAUUAAUAUUGAGGAGAUAAAGUAACCCCCAAAAAGGGGUUAUCCUGAACGUAAAUUUUUUACUCCAUUUUUGGAGUUAUAAUAACUACGAAGAGAUGCGGUGGUGGUGGUGGUGGUAAAGGGAGGGGGGUUUUUGUGGAGACAGGCACUUCUUUCUAGAUCUCCUUGGUCCCUAAAAAUUACUGUGUAUUUGGCAGGGACGAGGAGAUGCGGGGUUGGAGGUGGUGGUAAGGGGAGGGGGAUUUUUGUGGAGACAGGCACUUCUUUCUACAUCUUCUUUAGCACUUUCUACCAUCCCCCAAUCUUCGUCUGCUUUAAAAAUCACGGAUGGCGUUUAUACGCGGGAAAUGAUGAACCAGUUCGUGUGCUCAAAAAUACGCGGCUUGCAUGCAGUAACCUCGCGGGUCCCCAGAGCGCUUUUUUGGGUAUCAGGCUGCACUUGCAUCUUGCACUGCAGUCCAAAACUCAAAAAAACGAGUUGGCAAUGCUUUGAGUCGCUGCAAAUUCUCCAAGGUCACAGAAGUGGUCGCUGUUCCUUACGAUUACGAACACUAAUGAGAACUAAGUUUUUAUUACAAGUCACAGCUCAAACAGGAUUUCACUGUACUGGUCGGAACUAGAACUAGUCGCUUACGAGAGUGGUCACAAGGAGAGCUUCGACUGUAUUUCUGACGAUUGUCCUAUCUGAGAUGCGUUAAGCCAGUGCUCCUUUUAAUUAAUAUUUAGUCCAACGUCAAUCAUCUAACCUAAGAUCAGGCUGUUCUUCUUCCUUUUUUCUUCAGGAGGAGAGGGAGAAAGUUCCUUUUUCCUCUUUUCCCGUCCGCCAACGCUCGCCCCCUCCCCCAGAGCGGGAGAGCACGCGCGGCGGAAAAGGCGCCUUUCCCCGCCGCGCACGGCUCCUGCUCCACGUCCGCUUCGUACUCGCCUCUAAAACGCGAAAAAAUAACGUCUGUUCUGCAGGCUAACAUUUACCGUACUUUAGAGUUUAUCAAAUCUCCUCACUAACAUACCCUUCCAUCACUGUAUUGUCUGUUCAUAUCAAGUGCUAGCAAAAAGUCGUGGUUGUAAAUUUCUUUGUUUGUAGGGUCGUGCAGCUUCAUCAAAAAGCAUUGGUGAUUCAGCCAUUGAAAAUACGAAUUAUUUGUUGCAUGUAGCGAAACGAAUUUUCGCGGCAGAUGAGGGACCAGAUUUAGAAGUCCAAGACACCAAAAUUGCCAAUAUUCCUGUACGUGUUUAUAAACCAAAAUAUCACGCUGCCAAAUCAACAGGCGUUCUUUAUAUUCAUGGUGGAGGAUGGACCCUUGGUUCAGUUGGUAAGUAGUCUCAAUUACGACGGCCUUACCUUUAAGGUUAAAGCGAUUGUAGUUUCCCAGAAUCCCUUCCCUCCUGUUCUUUCCCCAGUGGGUAAAGGCAGGCACAUGGCCGAAAUCUCUGUGUCUUCACGACACUCAAACAAAAGAAAUUUGCAAGAGUUAAGCAAAGUUAAUAAUUCAUAGACCUUCAUAGCUAACUUAUUACUUUCACUGUUCAAAGUUCAAUAUGUUUGAGACUAGGAGUCAUUUUAUAAGUAGGUGGAAUAUGAUCGUCCUUGUGAACGAAGUUUUUGUUGCUUCAAGGGGGCGCUAAUUCGAAGUAAGGCGCUUUUUUAAAGAAGGGCGCAAAUUCGAGCAUUUACGGUAACUGCUUUAUCUUUCUCUUCAUUUUCAGCUCUGUUCCAUCCGUUAACAUAUCAAUUGGUUCAAGAAGCUAAUACUGUACUGAUAUCUGUCGAGUAAGUGAUGAAAAAGUGCAUAUAAUCCGACUCUUAGCUUCCAUCCAAUAAUACAUGGUUAACUUUGACCUGUUACCAUUCUCCCGGGCAACCCCUGUGACAAGUCCAGCCCUUCUGGCCCGGGGAUGAGGAAUUGUUUGAGGCGGUCCUGUCCCGGGGGUAGGGAGGGGGGGGGGGGUGCAAAUAAAAAAUACCUUCUCUUUGAGAUUGCGAAGUACGUGUCAUUUCUCGCGCGGUUUUCACGAUGGCUGCGGACCUCGAGACCACGUAUUUUUAAGGAAAAAAGCAGGAAUUUGUCGGAGAGUGGUUGGAGAAGAAUACCGUAACAUUCCGAAAAUAAGCCCCUCCAAAUAUAAGUCCCCCAAACCGCUAACACAGAAAACCCUCCGUUAAAUCACCCCUCCAAAUAUAAGCCCCCGGGGGCUUGUACUUGGAAAAUUGCCCUAAAAAAUACAAAGUAAAACAAAGCAAAAACGGUAAAUUUACUUCCAACUGUAAGGCUAGCCCAAUGGAUUUCGAAACGCAAAUUUCCCUCCGUAGAUAAGCCCCUCCAAAAAUAAGCCCCUCAAAAAGGGCCUUUGAAAAAUAUAAGCCCCGGGGCUUAUUUUCGGAAUUUUGCGGUAACAUAUCAAAAUUGAAGUCUGUGUUUAAAGGUGUGUUUUAAAAUUUGAAACGAAUGUGUGUAUGAUGCGUACUCGAAUGCAUUUAAUUUUUUGGAAAAGAAGGACAGAAAUAGCUAGAAAUGUUUCUUCAGCCUAGCUUUAAUGAUAAGAAAACUAAUAUAUGAAAACGGAUACAAAGCUUUUGAUAUAUAUAGAGAAACAGAGAUUCAGUCCAGUGUUCUUAUAAACUGUUCUGCCAAGGAGGCGCUUUUUAAAGAGUUUUCCUUCUUCGUUUUCGUUUUCAACGUUAUUGCUGACGUUUUAACUACAUUAUGACAUCCAUUGUCCUUCUCUCAAUAAACUUUGGAAAACGUUUAUAAAAGUUGUGAAAACGUCUCGUUUUGCUUUUGUACGGAUCAAAAAGAUGUACCCAAAAAAACGUAUAUGCGGUCGAUCAGCAGCUCGUGGUGGGGAAUGGUCUAUUUCUGCGUGCUCGGGGGGUGGGGAAUGGACCUCCAAGAAAGACUGAGAAAUUACAAAUCCCCGGGGGUAUGCCCGAGGGGCAUGGUUACAAGUCAAAUUGAACCAUGCGUAACUUAUCAAUUGGCUAAAGGAGCAAACACUGUGAGUACUGAUAUCUGUGGAGUAAGUUAAGUCAAAGAGGUGCGUGUUAUCUCUAGUAAAUAAGUAGUAGCACAUCGAUUAGAUACAGUUUCCCUGAAAUUUUUUCAGAUAGCUAAAGAAGCUGCUUUGGAACCAAUAUCUACUGACUGAUUUGUAUUUAGAAUGCUGUUGUUGCAUUGAUAACUAUCGGGGAUAACACGUUAGUAGUCUUCACUUCCCUGUAAAUAACAUAUUAACCUUAAUGAUGAAUGUCAUUCAGGUACAGGUUAACACCUAAGCAUACCUUCCCAACACAGUUCCAUGACUGUUAUGCUGUUGUUAAGACCGUGCUGACCACUGCUGAUAAAUAUGGUAUAGACUCCAAUCGCGUUGUUGUCGCUGGCGACGGUGCGGGUGGUAACCUAGCAACCGCAAUUGCUCUGAAACUGAGAGAUGAAAAUUUAAGACUGGCUGCUCAGGUGAGGAAAAAAGGUCCCCCACCUUGUUCCCAAGGUUCUCUCACACCUGUUCCCAGCCCCUCUCUCUCAGAUUUUGACACGAAGAAAGAAUGUAAGAGACCACAAGUGAAGGUAUAGCCGGCACAAGGGCGGAGCACGAGCGAGCUAUAGAGCGCUAGCAGGUGCGACUGGAGAUGUAGUAUUUUUGCAUUUCGUUUGAAAUUCCGAUUUAAGUCGGAUUUACUUGUUAUGUUUAUUUUUAAACGUGGUGCGGGAGGCGGCUAUUCUUGGCUAUUUAGAAAUAAACUUAGUGAUUUUUGAGAACUUCUUAAAAGGCGAAUAAAGAAAUCUUCCCUACCAAUUAACAAAUACCUUCAUUUGACGUAAAACAAAAUAAAACAUACCACUGAAGAGGGUUCCGAGAAAGACGAGAAGAGGAAGAAUGAUAGAUGAGGCCACCCCUAGAUAACGGCAACAAACCUCCUCACGAAGGUGAUCUGUAUUUUGUCAAAGUGGAAUGUCAAGUCCCGCCUUUCCUGUCUGGCGCCCCUAGUAGCAAGAUUGGCCUUCUUUCUCGCGCGUUCCCUUUCGAAGAGUUUUCGAAAAAUGUGGGGCUGUUCGUAGUUAGCCUGAGAAAAUAGCCUACAUUUCCGGCGACGGCACCACUGGUUUCCCUAGCGAAAUGACGUCUGAGUAACAAGCGCAGAAAUGCCAUACUGAUGAAGUGUUACUACCCAAAUCUGGUUAGUGCUUUUGAUUGGUUGAAGCAAAUUUUCCAAAUUGCACGACCAUGCAAUCAAAAGUACUACCGAGAUCUGCGUAGCUAUAUGUCAUCAGUACGGAAUUUCGUCAUUUCGUGGGGAAACCAGUGGUAGCUUCGCGAAACGUCGACUGACCAGCUCGUAUUCUAUUGUAGAAUCUUGUGUUGAAAUGAACAUGUGAUAUACCGUAUUUGAUUCUCUCUCUUUUUAUCCUAUCUAGAUCCUGCUAUACCCUGCUGUACAGUUCGUAGACUUGUCUCUUCCUUCUUUUAAAACUAAGGACUCUCCAGUUCUUACACAGCGUGAAAUGGCACAAUACUGGUCUUAUUACAUGACGGGAACUCCAAACUUAGCUUCCUCGUUGUUGGCAAAUAAUCAUUCUGUGCACCUCCGCAACACUAAGUACUCUUCUUAUGUUGGUGUCAAAGACAAGGAACAGCAAAAAGCUCCAAAAACGCCACCGGAAAAUAUUCCAAAAGCUGUCAUCGAUGGAUUGAUUGAUUACCGGGCUUCACCUUUAAUGGCAGAUAGCUUGAAGGGAUUACCAAAGACCCUACUGAUAACUUGUGAAUAUGAUGUCCUGAAAGAUGAUGGUCUUUUAUACAAGGCGCGUUUACUUGGUGAUGGGGUCAAAGUUACUCAUCUUAAUUACAUGACAUACCAUGGUUUUGUGGUUUUUCAGACAGUUCCCAUUUUCACAACAGAAGAGUAUCGCCAGGGGUUGCGAGAUAUUACUGAUUACCUCAAGGAGUUGUAG